AUGACGAAUCAAGCUGCAUCAACUUCCCUUAAUAAGUCUGCAAUGUUGAACACAAAUUCCAUCAUGUCAAUAAUGAAUCAAACACAACAUUAUCAUUCAUUGGCCGAUCAGACUCUUGCUGGGAAUGCUGCUUCUGAAUUAUUGACCAAUAAUAAUAAUAUUCAACAUUCCCAACAACAGAAUGAAAUCAUGUCCGAUGAUGAAUAUAAACUCUUCAUGUUGGAAAUGAAGGAUCUUCAUCAUAUCAUGAAGGAUAUGAAUACCAUUGGUGAUGAGAGGGAGAAUGCUAGUGAAGAGUGGUGGAAUUCAUUGGCUCUUAAUAUUCCUGGACCUUCCGAAUCAUCAAUAUCUUCAUCUCCUAAGCAAUCUUCCAAUACUAACAAUAAUACAAGUAUUAGUAGCAAUAAUAGUAAUACUAAUGAGGGUUUAAAUAUGAGCCUAAUUAAAGCCUUUAACGAUGAAAACCUUAAUUUAAAUAAUAGCAAUGAUAUUAAUAAUAGUAGUAAACGUGAUGACGAUUCCGAUGAUGAAGAUGAUGAAGAGAACGAGGAUGAAUUAUUAACUUUAUCAUCAUUGGCAAAAUUAAGGAAAUUAAUUCCCAGAAUUCCAAAACUUAUUCCACCCGAUGAACAUGGUGCAGAAAGAUCGUCUUCCACCUUAAACAUGCUCAAUUUAACUUCUCCAAAGAAAUCAAGUAAUAAUAGUAGAGGAAUAGUCUCAUUAACAUCCGAAACUGAAAACUUGUUAAAAUCUCCAAAACAGCAAUUAGAUUCUAAGAGGACAGAUUUGUCUAUACUUUUAGAUAAUGAACCUGGUGAUCAUUUUAAUGUGUUUAGUUUAUCAAAUUCGCCCAAAAAGAGCACAACCUCGAAACGAAACUUUGACAAUACAUUAGAAACUUUGAGUAAGGUGUAUAGUCCAAAGCAGAAUAAUAUCAACUUGGAAACUAUAACAAUACCCAAGAAGGAAUAUGAGGAUUUAAAAACUGAAAAUGUUAUCCUUCAGGGAAGAUUAAUUCAAAUGGAACUAGUUCAUGAAAAACUGUUACAAAUGAUAUUAAACAAUAAAUCGAAUUAG